AUGGGAGGAAAAGUCGAUGAAAAAGCGACGCAGUUGCACGCGAUUGCCUCGUUGAAGGUGCUUUUGGAAGCCACCAGGCCGACGGCGGGGGGCGCGGGGGCGACGGCGGCGAGGCACUCCGCCGCGGCCACACAGGCCAAGGAGACCCCGCUGGACCUGCCCAACGGUGGCCUUCAGGAUAAGCAAUUAGAUGCUAUAGAAGAGAUAGGAGAUCUGGAGGACGACACGACGCCUUUAGAUAUGUCGUGGCCUUCAGGGUUCCGCAAGCGAGUGACGUACUUGUUAGUCGCGCCAAUUGUCUUCCCACUAUGGAUCACCCUCCCGGACACGCGGACUCCGAGAGGGAAGAACCUAUUCCCUAUAACAUUUAUAGGGUCAAUAGUUUGGAUAGCAUUUUUCUCGUACCUUAUGGUGUGGUGGGCCAACGUGGCUGGUGCCACGGCCGCCAUUCCUCCCGAGGUGAUGGGGCUGACCCUGCUUGCAGCGGGGACUUCGGUGCCGGACCUCAUCACGUCGGUCAUCGUCGCCAGAAAGGGUUUCGGCGACAUGGCCGUCUCGAGCUCAGUCGGCAGCAAUAUUUUUGAUGUUACUGUUGGGCUGCCUCUCCCCUGGCUCCUAUACGGGCUGAUCAACGGAGCACCGGUCCAGGUCAACUCCAAAGGCAUGGUGUGCAGCAUAGUGCUGCUCUUCGCCAUGCUUCUCUUCGUGAUCCUCAGCAUCGCCUGCUUCAGGUGGAAGAUGAACAAGGGCCUAGGGCUUACCAUGUUCAUGCUGUACUUCGUCUUCGUGGCCGUCAGUUUGGGACUAGAAUACGGCUACCUGCAUUGUCCUAGCGAGUAAGGGUAUGGAGAGGUUGUGGUUAUUCUGAAGAUAAUGUGCUGUGAGGUCGUAGAAUGACUUUGGUUUGAUGGCUUAUCCAAUUAUUGAAAAAAUCAGUGAGACAAGUAUUGAGUCUACAGUAACACCCUCAUGAAACCAUGACAGUGGAAGUCUACCAAUCAAAAUACAUGCGUUCAUUCUAUAAAGUUUUUUGGAGAUUUGAAGAUGUUGAAGAAGAAUGAAGAAUCAGAGUUGUGUAUUUUAAUGGUUUCGCUGCCAAGGUUUUGUGAUCGAGGUGUGCUAUUGGCGUUAAUGUUUUAUUAGUAUGAUAGAUGGUAAUUUUGUUAUUUUACUGUUAAUUUCUACAUAUUAUUGUUUUGAAGUAGGUUAGUACGAUUUUGAAAUUUCAAGUGGUUGAACACAACAGAAAGAUGCCACUGCUUGGAAUUUCAGAGCCUGUUCUUUUUUAGUUGGAUACGAAAAUAAAAGGAAGAUAUUUGGACGAAAUGUGGACCUCACACACCAGCAUAUGAUGCUAUGUUGACUAUUCUUAGAGGCCUUGAUAAGACUUAGAGCAGUACGAAAUUUGAGAUACCUCCAAAAUUUACUGGAUUAUAAAUAAUUCCGCUAGGUAGACUCGUUACAAUAUGCUUAGCAAAACUUUAUUAAGUUAUAGAGGGUACGAAAUACUUAGUGACUGAAGAGAGUAGUCGACAUAGUAAUGUUACAAUUUCAAGCUUAUAAGAGUCAAGGAGUAUUUAAUAUAAGGGCCACUUGUGAAAUAGCACAAUGAUCAACAUUUUGGUUAGGAUGUAGAAAUAGAAUGCGCUAAAAUGUUAUAUGUGAUUGUGAAUGAUAGAACCACCCACAGAACAUGUUAUUUUGGUGAAACCAAUUGUUUUAGUUACGCUAAGGCCACACUACAGAUGAAGGCAUUAUUUGGGCCAAUCUUGGGCACCCAAAAUUGGUGUCAAAGGUUGGUUGCUGGUUGAGAUCUUAAUUUGCAGAAUCAAAGCUAAAGUCUUUUGUUUCAAGUAAACUGAGAGAAAUGAAGAGUAGCAAUAUAAGUGUGAAUGAAAAAAGGAAGGAAAUGUUCGGAAAAUUUGAAAUGGUAUUUUGAGGCAGAUUUGUGACAAGUUUUGGCGUCGUGUAUAAAAUGUGGACAGCGUAACUGUACUAAACUCUUUUGGUCAAAACAUAGUCCCCUAUGAAACCACAAUCACUUUGUUUUGACCAGAUACAGAAAAAGUAAAUGAUACGCUUUCAAAUAUAAUAAUUUGGUAGAAUUGAUCAAUUCUAGCUACUUUAUUUGAAGCAAACUACGGGGUGUUAAUUACAUUUAGUGGUAAGUAAAUUAAUCAAACCAGUAAUGAUAAUACAGAAAAUUAAUGAUCACCUGACCUAGUGGUACGGGACUGUCAAGUAGGUACUGUUAUGGAUUCGAAUCCAGAGGGUGAAGUGUUGUAAUGAACAUGACAAUUUAUGCAUGGAAUCGUUAUCCUUAACGUAUGUAUGUAUAGUAUCAUAAUACGUACCUAUAAAUCGAUAUCUGGUCAUUUUAGUACAAGUUCCACUAGAUUUGGAGAUUAGUAAUAAUCGUAAUACCUUAGAUUAGGUGUUAUAGUUGAAACACGUUUUAUUUAAAAUUUUGAUGUUGUCUCCAUUAAUUUUUGUUACAGUAACGUUUCUUCAUGAUGGCAUUUCAAUCAAUAUCUUGUUACUUUCGACUUACAAAGCCAAAGUCGGUAGUGUAGUCUUAGCAACUUUUGGAUUUUCUGUCGUUCACACAUUUACUUUACGAAUUUGGUGUUACAUAUUUAUAAUAAUAUUAAUUGAAUUGUAAUCCGUUCAUUUAUAACUAGUUGUAGAGUUUAAUUUUAAAAUUAGUUUUAGUUGUUUAGAUGUUGCCAUAGCACACGUUUUGUAAAUUUACAUUGCUCAAAUACUAUGUUUCUAUGCUUUGCUGUAGGUUCUUUAGGUGUUUUAAUUAACGUGAAUGCUUUAAUAGAUGGUUUAAAAGUACAAGAGAGAAACGAGCACCAAUAUUAAAUAAGGAUAAAGAUAAUAUAAACGAAUAUAAACUAUGAAGUCACGAUAAAAAUAUUCCUAUGAAAUGCAAUAAAUAUGACGCUUCAAUGGUUUACCUACUCAGAGUAGUUCGUGUAAGUGAGAUAAGUAACGAUGAAAUCAUUUUUAUAUCAGAAAGUUUAAUUGAUGAAGUUGUAUAGCCAUCAAUAGAGACUGUAGUUAAAUAUAUGAAUGUUAGAUGUUUGUUAUUAUUCGAUGGCGCUUUACAAAGAGGUUUUAGCGUUAUUAGCCGGUUUGGUUGGGCUGUGUUGAAACUUACCGAAUGCAGGGGUCACAGUACAAAGGUAGCAAAUGAAUUUAUUUGAAGGAGAGACAUUUAUUAUCGCAUCGGUAAGGUUUCAAGCAGCCGUUUAGGUCCGUGUGUCAGUUGCGUUGUUUUUGUAAAUAUUCCUUUGUUUUAUAUACAAAUAUUUAAUAUGGAUUGUAUGAUCGGUCGGGUGACCUUCAGUCCAUGGGUUGACGAUUAAAAUUUUAUUGUAUCAAUGAAGUGUUGCAGGUGGUUGGUCCGCAGCGACAUGUACAUAACACGUAGGGGGUAAGUUGAGCAGCGGGGCAGACGAUCGCGAUGUUUAUUCCAUAAAUGUGCCUAAGGGUCCAACUGACCCAUUAACAAUGUUAGCUUCGAUAUUUAUAAUUAUAACCGCAUCCACUCACUCAUACGACAAGGAUAUUGCUGUAGGUCGCACGUGUCCCGCUCUCAAAUAUAAUACGGUAGUUAGAUUUUUACACUAUCUUUAUAAACUCUUACUAUAAAUAACCUACUUCAUUGAUUUUCCACUUGUUCUUGUUGAAACUUGUGUAUCCAAAUUUAAUCGAGCGCAUCUGGCAAUGUUGUCAAUUCUACACUGUUAGUUAAUACUACUACUUCCCUCGUUCCAUGAAGCUGAAUGCUUUUAAUAAACUACUUAGACAGGAACUGCAUGGGAACCGUCCAUAGGCUUUUCUUUCUAGUUCUAUUUCGUUCGCACAUUACGUCUUCAUCACUCAAUCAUCGAAUUGAGAAAUACAAAUUUUGUAAAUUCAAUUGUUAAUACCCCCACGAAAAUUUUAUAUUGAUAACCCGCCUAUUUGACAUAGCAAUAAAUAGACUAGAAUAGAUAGUUAAAUAUUCGUAUGUUAAGCUUUAACAAGUCAACCAUUGUGAAGCUCAAAUGGUGGACGAACGCGACAAACUACAGAUUACGAAUGCGCACAAGUAUUCAGAUGAUAUAACUGCUUAAACAAAUACUCGACUCUUUCUUUUGUUAAUUAUAAAACGUAUCUUUUAAAAAUAGAAGGUUAUUAAUGAUAAAAUUGUAAAAGUGAAAGCGACUGCACAAAAAGCUGACGAAGCAAGCAGUUCCAAAACACGACAUAUCGAUAGGUACCGGACAUUGAGUAGGUCAUUAUCUGUGAUAAGGGCAUGCUUAUGACGUAAUUAUAAAGUGUUUAUAGAAGCUCAUCUCUCUACAAUCACAGUUCUGUAUAUUGUAUAUUUAAGCUUGGAUUUGACUUUAGCCUUCUGUAGUUCGCUUAGCGGUGCCACUUUCGGUCAAACGGUUUCAAUACUUACUACUUCGUUCCGUUUAUAUUCAAAAUCUUCUCUGACGUUUAAAUAAUAUUUGAAAUCUUCAAAACUGUGCGAUCUAUAAGUGGCCAGUCUAUAAAAGUAAGAAUCGAAUGAAAUUUGCUCUAAUUCCAAAGUUUCUUUAAGGUUUGGUGAUAUACUACACGUUAUACUUGAUAAAAAUUCAAUUUAGGAUGAAGUAGAAGCUGUAUAACAAUAUAUCCUUUUACAUACUUGUACUAGUUUAUUGGGAAGCACCAAUUACAAAUCGUACGUAUAUUAUGUACUGCCACGAUGCUACAUUUAUAUACGCUACGUCUUAUUAUAUUACUAUUAUAAACUAGUAAUUUCUAUCUAUCUCUUGAAUAAUGUAAUUAGUCUUGUAAAUUUAUCAUCCUUCCAUUGGUUAGGGUUUCGUUUAUGUGAAACUUAAGGCUAAAUCAGUGAUGUUUAGGAAACUUUAGUCCUUAUUCGAAGGUACAAUACAAAGUAAAGUAAAUUGUGGUAUAAUAUACGACGAUGUAAAGUUAAAAGAAAAAGUAGCAAAAAAUUUCGAAACUUCGAAAAAUGAACUUAUUUAAAACUAAAUACUCUAUUUGAUUUAGCCUAAGUAUCAUGACUAUCACAAUUUUCGCUCUUCGCAUGUCAUACGACGUAGAUACAUCAAAUUGCAUUUGUUCAGUACCAAAUAGCACGAGCCCAGCUAGAAUUCAUUACUCAAAUUUUCUUAGCGUCCCUAAACUAGAGCAUAUAAGUGAUAACUAAAGGUUAUGAGAUGAUAAAGUAAAAAGUUCAAGUCAGAAGUCCUAGAAUCAAAAUGGUAGUCACAAGUCUUAAAAAUGAUGAAGGAAAAGCAAUGUUAAGAGAAGAAAACGAAUAUAAUAUCGUUGAAAUUCUAAAAAUGAACUCCUUAGCCAAUACAGAAGAUAUAGCUACUAUACAUUACUUUUAAAACUUCAUACUUCAGCAUGUAUUUCAAAAUAUGGUGACAGCAAUAAGCCCACAGCAGAUUGAAGAUUAAAUUAAAAAUGUGGGAACAGUUUGAAUUUUUGGCUAUUCAGAAAUGCAGAAAAGAAGAUUUGUCAUACAGACUAGUUCAAGGUCUAAAUUAAUCGCACAAAUUGAUCUGAUCUUUGUACAAAUAUUGCAUUUAACAGUGUCUUUGGAAAUAAUGAAGCCAAGGAUAUAGCUUGUGUGACCAAUCAAAUGUUUGAUAAUAAUAAAGAUGUAAACACAAUAAAUGAUGUUAUUCACGACAAAUAUGCUCUAGUGUAGAGGAGCCUUAGCAUAAGAGUUGACUUUAUUGAUCUAUACGACGAAGUGAGUCGUCAACACUAACCUUUAUAACUUCUCUCGUAGUUUAAGAAUAGGCUUAACGGCUAUCAUUAAAAAAUAAAUGUUUAUUAACAAAAAUAAAAUAUAAUAUCCUGGUAGAGAUUGUUACUAGUGACGGUUUUUUAUAUAAAAUUAUAAUUAUUGCAGAUAUUCAGUCUCUGUUUCCUUCAGUGUGUCGAGAACACCAGAAUUGUGUUGGUUUUACUUUUAGUUGAUUGAUUUAGUCAGCUUUAAAACGCGCUUUGGGAAAUGGGGACUGAUCUUUAGUCAUCAAUUUUGUUUAUAGCUGUCGAUCUCGAUUGCGUGUGUGAAUCGAAUAUUUUUUAUAAAUGAAACUAAAAUGAUUCGACAGAAGAAUCUGUACCACCAAGAAUGUCUUCCAAGUAAAUAAAUUGAGUAAACGAAAGUGACUUUAGUAAAUGUCUAUUUAAAGAAGAAUUACUUUGUAAUGAACGUCAUUAACCAUAGCUACAACUGCAUUGUUGAUGUUUUAAUAAUGGUUAUUGUAAAUUAAAGAACUAGGCCCAAUGAUCAGUUUUAGACUUGUAAUAUCCUUGGUUUAAAAAAUAUUAUGAUUGGAUGAGACCAUUUUUGUUAUAACGUCACAUAACAGGACCAAUUUAAUUCCAUUUCACUAGGAAACAAAAGAACCACACGAAAUCGAGGCGACAGCGUAGGUUAUAAUAGUGAUACUACAAAAUAAGGAAAAGUAAAAAAAAUGUUAUUGAUUUUAAACAAAGUAGAUAAGUUAGGGACUUUCAUCAUGUUAAUGAAAAAAACGGCGAUGGCUCUGAUAGGGUUAAUUUUGCAAAACCACAUUGUGAUUAUUGUGAUUUCAAGUGUUACAGUAUUAAUAUGAAUUUUUCGGUAGUGACAGUGAGCUAGUUUAUUUCAGAGUUUAUGUAUUUGCAUUUUAAUGUAAUUAAAAUCAGGUGCUUCCUAGUUGGCCAUUUCAGCGUUUAGGAAAUCACAAAAUUUAUCAACCUGUAGUUACUAUUGAGAUCUUUCAGGGUUCAUAAAAUGGAACUAA